AUGUCAAUAGAUAGACUAAAUCAGUCAAGUGAUAGAAUUAGGGACAAUAGAAGGACUGUGCUAGAGAUUGAAGAACUUGGUGUCACAAUUCUUGAAGAUUUGCACCAAAAACGGCAGACCCUGCUGCAUGUGCAUAACAAGGUAUGA